AUGUCGAAGAAGGAUUGUCAAAUUUUGCAAAGUGAUUAUGAAUAUGACCCUAUUAGGAAGCUUAUAGUAGCUACAGAUGGAGCUGAAAAUUUUAAUACCGUCACUGAUGCUAUAAACUUUGCUCCAAAUAAUAGUUAUGAUAGGGUAAUCAUUCGUGUUAAAGAAGGAGUAUACGAGAAUGUGGAAAUCCCAAGUUACAAAACCAACAUUGUUCUACUUGGAGAUGGAACUGAUUUCACUUUCAUUUCUAGUAGCAGAAGUCUGGGUGAUGGUUCGACUACUUUCAGAUCUGCAACUUUUGCGGUGGCUGGUGAUGGUUUUGUGGCACGAGACAUAACCAUUGACGACAUAGCUGGACCAGAGAAGCACUAG